CCGCGUGCCCCUGCUUUUCUUUUUCCUCCCUUGCACCGAGCAACAAAGACCCAGCCACCACCGACAGCCCUCCCUUGAGGAAACCGGAGUUUCCAGAUCUGCUCUGCUUUGUCCGUCUGCUGGUGAUGCUAGGCCCGAAUUUCUGGGCAUUUUUCUGCCGUGAGCUUUCCCUGCACUGCCGCCGGCCUCCCCCAACCUGCAGUCCUGUUUUUGCUGGGAAAAUUCUGGUUCUUGAUCAUUGGUUGCCCUAGCUCUUGGAGUGAGUUUUCUAGUUUAUGCGAUUGAGGAAGCGAAGUCAAGGACGGGGAAAAACGAGGGGAGUGACGAGUUAGAAGGCUAGCCAUUUCGAGAUUGAUAUAGAUUUUAAAAAUAAAUCAUGAUCUUUUAAACUAGACUUUAUUGGAGAUUAUGAUAUUAGAGCAAAUUAUAAAAUUUGAUUUUCAGAUUUUGAUGGUAUCAAAUUGUGGUAUGAUAAGUUUCGAAUCUUGUACAUUUGUGGGAUCCUCUCACAAGUGCACGGCGUCUGUCGUGCCUCGAAUUUGAGUUUUGGGGCGUGACAAAAAAUUUAUCAUCCAUUGAAUGAUAUCCUUCUUAGUGCAAGCAACUUACAUAUAUAAAUAAUUUAUUAAUUAUUUU